AUGUCCUGUGCCGCAUCCACAACCUGUGGGGCUAGUUCUUGUGCGACAUCUGCGCCUGCGCUAUCUGGUUUCGGACAGAACCAUCCCGCUCCCAAGCUCACUGAAGAGCAAAAAGAGGCGCUGAAAAAGAAGCAAGAGGUGCGCGAAGAGAAGAAGCGACAGGAAAGGGAGAUCCGAUACAAAGCUUGGGCCGACACCAAGGCCAAACUCUCCGACGCGACUAGCAAGAAGGCUAAACUUCGAGACAGCGGCAUCUACUCCAUAACAGCCGACUCGGGGACUACCUAUUACGGUUCAACGCCUGAGGAGGUAGCGGAACGUGAACGACAAGAGAAGAAACAACAGCGAAGAGAAGCCCGAGCCGAGGUCGCUAACACGAUCAAAGCAAAACGUAACGAAACCACAAAGAAGAGCGAGAAGAUCCGGUUGGCCGUGACGUGGCUCACGCUCAAGCUUCAUCUUUGA